AUGUCCACCCUCGUGUCGCCCUGAUUUAAGUUCCUCUCUUCAGGUGUGGAUAUUUGACCAGGAGGGGGGGGGCCCCAGGUUGCUAAGGAGUCGUCAGGGCCACAGUGCCCCGCCCACCACCAUCCAUCACCACGGCAAUGACGGAAAAAACAUCCUCAGUGCUGGUCAGGACGGAACGCUGCAGUCGUUCUCCACCGUCCAUGAGCGCUUCAACAAGAACCUGGGUCACGGCUCCAUCAACAAGAAGAAGGAACAGAAGAAGAAGAAGGGUUUGUCCUACGAGGAGCUGCGUCUUCCUGCCAUCACAGCGUUCUCCUCCGCUGCCGCUCGUCAGUCGGACUGGGACGGCAUCGUUGCGUGUCAUCGUGGUCGCCUAGCAACCACCACGUGGAACUACCAGCGGUGCACCAUGGGAGCUCAUCACCUGCAGCCGCCGGCCACCCGCAGGACCGACAUCGCCACGGCGGUCGACAUCACUUCCUGUGGUAACUUCGCUGUGAUUGGCUCGUCGAGCGGCCGCGUCGACGUCUACAAUCUGCAGUCCGGCCAGCACCGCGGUUGCUACGGCAACGAUGAGACAGCUCACAGCGGGGCAGUGCGAGGCGUCGCCACGGACACUCUGAACCAGCUGACACUCACCGCGGGCUCUGAUUGGCUGCUCAAGUUCUGGCGCUUCAAGAGCAGGAAACAGGAAGAGCAGCUGAAGCUACUUGCUGCGCCAGCUAGCAUGAUGCUACACAGAGACAGCGGGAUGUUAGCAUUAGCGCAGGAUGACUUCACGCUGCUGGUGGUCGACAUAGAAACCAGACGGAUUGUCAGGAAGUUUGCCGGUCACCACGGCAACAUCAACGACAUGACGUUCAGCCCCGAUGGUCGCUGGCUGAUUACCGUGGCGAUGGACUGUACCAUUCGUACCUGGGAUCUCCCCUCUGGAUUUCUUGUUGACUGCUUCCUGGUAGCCAUGGCGCCGGUGGGCGUGUCCUUGUCGCCGACCGGAGACUUCCUGUCAACGGCUCACAUUGACAGUCUGGGCGUUUACCUCUGGACCAACAAGAGUCUGUGUGGGCCCGUGGGGCUCCGCCCCCUCCCAGCUGACUACCAACCAGCCGAGGUGACGCUGCCGGGGGUCACGGUGGAUGAGUCUGAACAGGAAGUGACAUCAGAGGAGGUCGAUGAUGCAUACAAGUCAGCCGAACAGUUGGGGGCGGAGCUUGUGACUCUGUCUCUGCUGCCGGAGUCUCGAUGGAAAAGUCUGCUCUACCUGGACAACAUUAGGGUGAGUCAGCAGAGUACAGGUGAGAGUCCUCAAGUCUGAUCUGGAGUCAGUUCUAACAGCUUUAUAUGAAAUCAGGUUAAAUAUGGUCAGAAAAAUUCAGUAAAUAGUGAACAGACUAAUAAAUCACAUGGAAAUACGAAAUACUCACCUGUGAAUAUUACAAGUCGGGGCUUUUAUUGUGAAAGGUGAGAAAGGAAGCAGAGUAUCUGGUGUUUGUCAACGUUGAAAUGAAUAAUAGAGUUUGUUGUUCUGACUACAGUGUGUCGUCUCAUAAAUAUAGUUCAUAUAUAAACAAAACAAUUU